GAGGUUAAGAAUAGUUUUACCUUCAUAAGUUUUCCAUAAAAUUUUGAUUUCUUGAGCUUCUUGGGAGGUUUUUAAAUCCCACUCUUUUGGAUUUAGGCAUUUUGCAUCAUGCUCAGGGAUACUGACCCCACCAAUACUCCUCCACCAUGAGAGUCUCUGCUUGAAAGAAAAAUCAUUGAAAUGAGCUACAGAAGGAAACCCAGGGCUAAUGAACAAGAGAGUGACUGUAAAAAUAUAACACCAGACCCUAAGAUGAGCUAAAAUAGAGACACCAUAGACCAAUCUCAGCAGAAACAGCAGUGAAGUGGAGGAUGGGUGGGAGGAGUUGAGAAUUUAAGAGGUGGAGUUUGUUUUUGUUUAGCCUAUAAAAGGCGCCAAUGGAUCAGAUGCUAAUCAGAGAAGAGGCUAAGUGGAGCUUGCAGUUGCAGAGCCCAGCACCAGCCAUGGGAAGAGCUGCACAGCAAACCCUCACUGCUUUACUCUGCAUAGCAGCAGCAGUUUGCAUGGGUGAGGACAGCUGUCCAGAGGUCAAGAUUGUGGGUCUCAACGGUUCCGACAAACUCGCUGUUCUCCAAGGAUGCCCUGGGAUGGCUGGAGCCGCAGGUCCCAAGGGAGAACCCGGAGCUGUAGGAAUGAAAGGGGACAGAGGUGCUAUGGGGAUCCCUGGAAAGGCAGGACCAGCUGGGGAGAAAGGAGAGAAAGGUGUUGUCGGCUUCCCUGGAUUGCAAGGAAUCAAAGGAGAACCUGGAGCACCAGCAAAAAUAGCAUUGAAGGAUCUGGAAGAUGCAGCUUGUAAAGAAGGACUGAGGAACUGCAAGGAGCUGUUAGCCAAAGGGAAUAUUCUGAGCGGCUGGUACACCAUCUAUCCCAAAGGCUGCACUGCCAUGCGUGUGCUGUGUGACAUGGACACAGAUGGUGGAGGCUGGAUUGUCUUUCAGAGACGGGCAGAUGGCUCCGUUGAUUUUUUCCGUGACUGGGAUUCGUACAAGAGGGGUUUUGGAAGCUCGCUGACAGAAUUCUGGCUGGGGAACGACAAUAUUCACCUAUUAACAUCUCUUGGAACUAACGAACUGCGCAUUGACCUCCGAGAUUUUGAAAAUAACCAUGUGUUUGCCAAGUACAAGUCAUUCAAAAUUUUAGGAGAGACUGAGAAAUACAAGCUGAUUCUAGGAGACUUUAUUAACAGCACUGCAGGUGAUUCAUUAGCAGCUCACAGGAACAAUUUCUUUACAACAAAAGACCGUGAUAAUGAUCUAUCUUCCUCCAAUUGUGCUACACAUUUCAAGGGAGGCUGGUGGUACCGUAAGUGCCAUGACUCAAACCUCAAUGGGAUGUAUUGGCUGGGAGCCCAUAAUAGCUCCGGAGAUGGUAUAAACUGGCACGCCAGCAGAGGCGUCAAAUAUUCCUUCAAACUCUCAGAAAUGAAAUUUCGGCCUGUUCAGCAAUGAUGAGAUGGCAGCACAUGUUCCUCCUGCUUUCCCAGGCAUCCGUUUGCAGUGAGCACAGGUGGAAAAACUGCAGAGAGGAACCAGCCAAAACCACCGGCCACUAGGAGCAGCUGCAGGAGCUGCCAAAGCAGGGACCUUCAGCCAUUCACAGAACUUCCUCCUGUUUCUCUGCCCUCUGCUGAUUUGUCUUUUGGCCACAACCCUUUCCUCAGUCUCUUAACCUCACCAUCACACUUAUUCCUCUUACCCUUUUCCCUAACCCUGCCCCCUCAGCCUCCUUUCCUGCAAUGUCCCCUCUCCCUUCCCCUUUCUUUCCAUGUAGCCGAUCCCCUCCUAACUAAAUACCCCCUCUCCAACCAACAGCAAUAAAAUCAUGGCCCUAAAAUGACAUUUGCUGCCACUGCAUUGUUCACUCUGCUUGUGUGUUCUAGUAGGGUUACCAUAUUUCAGCGAGCAAAAAAAGAG